CAUCUCAGGUUGAAAUGGGAGCACCGCCCAUGGAUAGUAAAACCACUUUUUUGUAAUAAACUGAAAGUGAUCUUUUGACAGGUGUUGCUGGGUACAAGUGUAUCGAUCAAUACUUAAGUGGCCAUUUACUACUGCAUUUACGGAUAGAUGCUAUUCGGUGAUCGUUUAUGAAAGUGCCGAGAGUGCCAUAUUUGUGGUUUCUGUUUCGAAGUUGUGUUAUGAUUGUUCUCCGAGAUAUUUGCAUUUGUGUUGACAAGUGAAGAGGCACAAGGCAGGCGUACUGUCUCAUCCUUUUAAAGAAAGUGAGCGUGCGAGUGAGGGGCGCCCGAGCGAUGACCUUGUAGCCAUGGAUGCCACAAGGGAGUUUACGUGGGGCGGCGGUGGGGGUGGGAGUAGCGCUGCUGGUGCGAGCGACCCUGCACGGGCGGUCCUGGUGGUGGGCGGAGGCGGCGUUCGCGGACGACUGCCUCAGCGGGGCGUGUACAGGGCGCUCUCAGGGGUCACUUUCCAGCAUCUCGAUCUCUACGUCCGCCAGACGUCGUCAUGCCACGACCCUGCGUUGCCUUCGGAGGACGACGAGGGGUUGGACUCCCUCGAGAGUCAGACUCACACCCUCACGCCCUCGCCCGACCUCGCCCAAAGGGGCCACGUGCAGGCCGACAACCCGCCGCAUGCCGAGGGUGGCUACUUCAGCCUCGAACGAUGCCUGAGUGACGAAGACGCCGCGAACCUGCACGAUUCGCUGGAGAAUCUGAUGAUCCAGUACCAGUCCCCGGCCUCGAACGCGGGCCACCCUCACUUCUCGGCGAACUAUCCUCAUCCCUACCAGGGGUACCAGCACCCGCAGAAACCGCCGAGCCACGCCCACUUCACACGCAUGCCCGCCUACGUCAACCCGUCCUUCCAGCACCAAGCGCCCUUCGUGAAUCCCCCGCCAUGCCACGACUAUCCUGCGGCAGAUCCUAGCUACCUGCCGGCCAGGACCUAUCCCCCCAGCAGCGGCCACUACAUUUCGGAGAGCGACUACGAGUCCAUGUACCACCAGAGGGACGGCUAUCCCGUGCUCGAGGACGUGUCUCGCGGCGGCGCGUACGAGCGGCAGGUAGGUGAUGUGUACUCCUCGCACGGGUCGUACCAGACCCCCGAGACCUUCCAGGCCAAGACGAACUACCUCUAUCCCAACUACUCUCCCGCGAGACACGGUGGCGCCCGGGAAUCUGGGGGAAAGGAUGAAAGGAAGGCGAGUGUUCUGAGCGCCGAUUCCCUCGAAGACCUGCCUCAGAGCCCGACGUCUCCCGUCUCCCCGCUGCCGCCGAUGGAGGGUCGUAAGAGUUCCUGUUAUAACGACUCCUUGGAAGACGUCCGUCCAAGACUCGUCAGCGAACUACGUGAAUUCUUUGAGCGGCAGAAGUCUGUUGCCAGCAACAGCAGUCCAGAGUCUGACAGUCUUCAAGAUCGUCGACCCGACGCGGAGAAGAAUUCUGCCAACACAGAGAGCGUCCAGCCGAAGGAGAAAAUAUCUGCAGAGGUCCAGGUUGACAUCAGCUCGUCAGUCUCGAGUGACAAAACGGAAGAUGCGGACACUAACACGACGGAAGAAGAGACCGUGGACACGACACAGGAAUCGUCCUCAGACGACCCGACGAAGGAGUUAUUAGAGUCUCAGAAGGAGACACCUCCCACGUCGAAUUUGCGGUUAGGAGACGUGGCGUUCCUCAGGGCAACGCAAGACACACCGCAAACACUCCUAGCAUCUACGAGGCUCGUGCAGGCUACGCUGAAGCCUUCCCCCAAGGCCACUACCUUCUUUAUUAGUCUUGAAAGCAAAUUUAAGGUUCCUGAGUUCGAAGACACGAAGAAGGAAGAGGAAUCAGACAAGAAAGAAGAGGAAGAAAGUGUCGCAACCAGCUUUAGGGACAAUUCGUCUUACACGUCGAGCGACAGCAAAGAGACGCAGUCCUCGCCGAACACGUACGAGGACGAGACCGACUCCUGCGACCCGGCCGAUUACCAGGAGUCCCAGCUGAUCCUCCGUCACUUCGUCGCCGACUGGGAAAACGAGUCCCCGCCGAGCGACCACGAGUCGGACAUCGACGAGUUCUUCUUGGUGCUCGACUCGACCGGAGGGCAAGGCAACUUCAACUUCCCGUCAGACAGCUCGUCCGUGCUGUCCUCCGUCGGGAGCUCUCUCUCCGACCAGAAGUCAGACAAUCACUUCCAGGAGCAGGACUCGUACGACGACGGCAACCUGGCUGACGUAGGAGAGCCCGACACCUCCAGCUCAGGUCUGAGUCCGGUGGCAGAAUCCACCAGCACCGAGAGUAAUUCUCCCACUCCGGCUCUUCCAGAACCUUCGGACGAGAAAGACGGCUUCCUUGACGCUGCUCCCCACAACGUUAUUGUCAAGCCUUUUUUAGGAUUAGGUAAGGGCAGUGCUCAAGAGUCUCAUGCGGGUUCUGCCCUGGGUACCGAAAACACAACUGUUGCUCAUCCUGACUCUCUCGGCGAAGAGGGGCACGAUAGCGACGAAUUUGAGACCGUCAUUGACACCGUACUGUGUGACAGUGAUGACAGUUGCCAUGGGUCCUUCGAUGGCAACACUAACACACUACUAACCCCAGAACUAACUAACCCGCCGCUGGCAGACGCCACCGAUGAGUCUGCUCCAGCGUCGACUCCGUCCAGUGAUAUCGAGGCUUCUAUCGAAACCGUGCGCAAUUUCGACGCUCAUUGCAAAUGCAGCCCGACGUCAGAUGCCGGCGAAAAAUGUGCUGGGAAACGUGCGGAUAGAUUGACUUCGGAUCUAAUCAAGGCCGAUGCACCUGUCAUGACCGGAAAUGAUCACAAUCAGAGUGCAACAUUGUCCGGUCAGGGAGUCGCGGACCCGAUAGGGCCUCAUUACGCAAAUUCGCGUGAUCCGCGUGAAAAUGAGGUCACAAGUGGCCGGAGCUCCGCCCCGGGUGAGGCAAGCGGCACAGAUGCUGACCCACACGCUACUACCGUCGCAGCCGCUCAGCUGGCAACUUGCACUUUCGAUUUCGCUGCAGAGGACCAGCCUACCCCUGACCUUGAGGCACUGGCCACUUUGAUAGCGGAGCGGAUCAUGAGUGGCACCCUACCAUCGACCAGUGCCAGUCAGAGUGGGCCAGGAGGCACUACCGCUCACCUCGCGCCAGGAAUACACUCAGCCACUCGCAGCUGUGACGACUUGCUCGUGACGAGGUCAGUCACUGUCAGCACAUGUGAGGGUACGGACGGCGCUCCACACUUGCCCCUUGAUACAACGUCGCCUCCUGUAGUAAACAUCGAUUCAUGCGAAAGUGAAAGUGAUCAGCGUGCAGCGGCCAGCAUGAGCGGCGAGGUGUGUGACCUGCAGUGCGCGCAUGCCCUUAGUCAGGCGGAAAACUCAGUGAGUGAGACAUGCAGUGAAGAUACGAGUCCGGCGGCGGUGAACGAGAGUAAGGGUGGAAUGAGUGAGAAAGAGAGCCACAAAUCGUGUGAAAUGCUUAGUCGUUCGCUGUGUCAGGAUGAACAUCACAUCAAAGAAUAUAGUGACAAUGUUGUGAAAGAAGUGAUAAAAGAUAUAUCUCGGCAAGUGUCUAAAACAUCCGAUAUAGGUGACGAAAUCAUGACAGACACCGAGGAGGACUGUAGGAGCGCCGAUCAGACCGCGGCGAAUUCCCACGCCAAUCCUGCCAGCAAAUCCCCCGCGACGACGCCCCACUUCGAGGCUCCCAGGCCGGUGUUCCCGAGGAAGGACUCCAAAGGGUCGACCUGCGAUUCCAUCGAGAGUCGCAAGACGUCAUUCAGCUCCACGAUCACAACCCCCGAUGAUGAAUUCAUCGACGUGUCUCCCUCGGGAGACACGCCCGUCAGGAGGUAUUCGAACUCCUCCGGAAUUUCGUCUUUAUCAGAGACGAGUGCCAGGAAGCUGUCGUUCUCGUCCUCGAUGUCAGACGACUGGGAAUGGUUCCCGGGAAGGAAGAAGAGCAUGCGGGGCCAGGCUCUCCACGAGUACAAAGCAGCGCCGACGUCGCCGACGGAGUUGGGGGAGAACGCUGACGUGCGAAAGAUGUCCGGCGCAAGCACGGCGUCCAUGCAAAGUUCAGGGAUCAGCUCCAUGACCGGAUCUGCUUGUGAAUCUAGUCUGAGUGAAGGGCGAAAAUUCUCAGCAAGUUCUGGUGUUUCCUGCUUGUCAAAGAUUAAAGAGGAAACGAGGAUGGUCACUGAUGAGGAUUUAGCAAAAUUGGAGUCAUAUGAACAAGAUAAAGACGUACAGACUAUGAAGGAAAAAGAAUUCUGUCACAACAUCACCCCUGAUGGAAAACCACUCACCCUCCCCCCACCAGUGUGGCCUCGAGGUGCUGUCAGACAGGAAGUCAGCGAGAGCAACAAGCAUCCCGCUCUUGUUGACCCUCAGAGCAUGAAUUAUGCAGACUCCAAGACGGAGAAUCUAGAAUUUCUCGUCAAGAGAGCUGAGAUCUUGAAAAACUCCAACAGCAAAAUUCGCAUAGAGCAGCAGAAGCUCGACCUCCCCCUGAUUUGCCCUUCGUCAUGCCCGCUCAGACGGAAGGAGUACAUGUCAAGUGAUGAUCUCGGCCACCUCCACUUGCACACCUCCGAGCAGAGCGACAAGGAAAAGAGAAAGUCGCUAAAUUUUGUGCCUAAACUCAUCAAGCCAAAACCGCGAAGCUCCCUGCGCUCGAGGAGGCUGACUCUUCACACCUUCGAAAACAUAGCAGACCAGUGGAGGAAGCAAAAUGGCGCGAGCAACGAAGCCGCAGAGAAGAGCGAGUCCGCGGAGAUCCUGGACGAUAACGAGCCUCCCGAAGGCAUGGAGAAGGAGGUGGAGUUCAGGCGUAAUUUGGUUCGCGAUCUCGAGAGACUGGAGGCCGAGAUCGACGCCGAGGUGCUGGCGCUUGAAUCGGAGUCCAUGAAAGGCGGGAGUGACUCAUCCUCAAUCGCUGUCGUCUUCGAUAGCAACGAGUCAGUAGCGUCAGGUAUAAGCUCUCUCUGCGGCAGACAGUCUGAAGUCGACAAUGCAGACGAGACUUCCUCCAUAUACGAAGCAGACAGAGAGAUCGUCGAGUCUAACAUUUCUCAUGCAGGUGCCUUUAGCGAGAGAAAAGCUAAGAAUAUGAGCCUGGCGUCUAAGAUCGACCGGGUCCUCCCACUCGACCUGGACAGCGAUCUAAAUAAAUCGAGCAAUGAAGUAGUACUCGAGUCGGGGAAUUUCACGCCGCAGUCGGACUCAAAGUCUCUCCCAAACCUGAUGGAAGUGGGAGAGGCAAAGAUCCUGGACGACUCUACGCCCGAGCCCAGGGACCCCAAGGACCCCAAGAGGGAAAGCUUAAAGUCCUGCAGGAGCGCGGAGACGAUGCUGAGCGUCGAGGAAAUCGUCCCGUGCAGCAACUACGAGUUCAGCGAGGUCGCUUUCCCGUCGAUGAUCGGGUACGACGAGCUUGAGGAGCAGGAGGUCAUCGAGAACUUCUCCGACGAAGACCUGGUGACCGACGCCGAGUUCGAGGCCUUUUCGGAGACGGAGCACGACACGGACAUGGACAACCUGAACUUGGACCUGUUCGAACCCACGGCGGGGAGCAAGGUGGACGGCAAGAUGCUCUCCAAGAGGCAGCGGAAGCUCAGAAAGCUGAAGAGGAAAUUCAGCUUCAACAGCAACGACAAACAGCCGAAGGACAUAAAGGGCACCAUAUCGUCUUCCCUCAAGAGGAUCAAGGACGCCAAGCACAAGAUCGGUCGGCUCGUUCAUAAGACUCUGAAGACGGAGGUCGCUCCCGCCGUCUCUUCGGUCGAAUCCCUCGAAGCGCUUGCGAGUUCUCAGGCAGCGAAUCUCCGCACGACGCACCUGGAUUUUUCGAAUUUACAUUCCAAGGCCCCUUUGGAACGCAGCGACUCACAUUCCUCAAAAGCAUCAGGAAGUCAACAUUCCGAAACAACUCAGGAUGGCACGGAAUCUAAAGCAUCCGAUCCCAUAGCGGGAGUGACCAGAAACGCCUCGAAAUCCUCGGAAGACAGCCACUUCCUUGGAAUAUGGGAGAGGCGGCACCAGGACGGCCAGGAGUCGGCGUACUCCUGGUCCGACGCUGACAGUGACUUCGAGUACCUGGCGAUGGAGCCUCCCAAGACGGUGGUGGUGUACAAGGAGGGCUGCGGUGCCGACGCGCCCUCCACGGCGGCCCCGAGUGCUCAUCAGCUCCCCGCGGACAACAAACAGCAGACGGCAGGUUCUGCAUCGCAAGAAGACCGCGAAGUCCGCUUGUGUCACCGGCCGAGCAACUCAGUGAGGUCAGACAAGGUCCCCCUGGCUACGUGGGAACCCUUCUUCUGCGUCCUUCUGCAGGAUGAGCACACCUUCACGUCCUACCGCUCCGAGGAGAUGGCGAUAUUGGUGCCAGGGCGAAGGGCCGGGUGCCCGCCGCCGCCACCUGUCCCAGCUGGUGUUGGCGCGCGCUCAGAAAUUGUUGUGACUUCUCGCCGGAAACAUCUGUCACACCUGCGCGACGGGGAAAUGUUUACGCAGGGCCAAAAGCUUCUUAUUUUCUUUUCCCCAUUUUUUUCUCGUGUGAAAGUAUUUCCCCUUCUGGUGUUGUAUGUUGUCACAUUAGAUUGA